AUGCGGCUUCAAAUUACAUUAAACUUCAGAGCCAAUAUAAGGAGAUAUGCAACUAUUGAAGAAAUUCCAAGUCCAACCGGAUUCCGCACUUUCUCUUUCAAAGUGAUCCAUCACCUCACUAAUAAGAAUGGAAACAUAGUUCCGGGCGCUGUUGCCACUUUGGUUGAUGAAUUAGCUGCAGUGAUCCAGGUUGAGGGACGGCCUGUGGAUGUUUCAAUAGACAUGUCAAUAAAUUACCUUUCUACUGCAAAAAUGGAAUUUACAUUUGUGCUUGCCGGUUGGGAGGGAUCCGCCUACGACAGUCGGUUGUUAAGGAGUGCAACUUUACGACAAGGUCAUAGACUAACAAUUCCUGUUGGUAAAUAUUAUCUUGUCGAUGCCGGAUUUCCAUUGGUUCCGGGAUUUCUAACACCCUACCAUCGAACUCGGAUUUAUGACGCAGAGGAUCUUUGCGACGAGGACUAUUAUAGUAGCGAUGAUGAGGUUAACCUUGGUCAUGUUGAUGCACUCGAAGAUGACACACCAAAUGCUCCUAUAUCUUUCACAGCAGAAGCUGCAUGGUCUAGUAAUAGAGAUACAAUGGCUGAUGACAUGUGGGCCGCUUACCAUCCAACUCAUGAUGCGGGAAUUGAUUUUGAUUGA